AUGGAAUUAAGCCGUUUCAAUUUUACCUACGAAUACGUUUACAACUUGAUUGAAAAAGGAGUUAUCGAAGAUAUUAAUAAAGUGGUUCCAGUCAUGGGUGGUUUAACGCUGCUUCAUAUAGCAACUUUCAAUAAUGACAAAAAAUUGGUGGAUUAUCUGCUCCGCAAGAAAGCUGAUGUACAUUCAAAAAGUCAAUACUGGGGUACAGUUCUUCAUACUGCUGUUAUAAUGGAGUAUCUGGCUAUAACUGAAAGUCUAAUAAACUAUGGAGCAGACGUUAAUGCUCGACUACUUGUGUUUUCUUAUGUGACCCGUUAUCAGCUCACAGUUGUUAAAAAUGAUGAAGAAAUUCCUGAGUUUUUAUUGAAAAGAGAUGACGAUGUGAGUACGAUCUUGCAUCAGUAUAAAUUGUGUACUGCCAGAACACCAUUACAAACCGCUGUUGAACGAAAUAAAGAAGAAAUGGUAGAGCUACUUUUAAAAAGUAAUGCUGAUCCGAAUCUUGAUACUGAUACUAUUCAAACACCACUGAUCCGUGCCAUUUUAAAUCGCAACUCAACAAUUAUCAAGCAUUUUCUGGCAUACAGUGCAGCUGUUGAUAGUGUAUGUGUGAUAAGUCCGCUGCAUUUAGCUGUCGAUAUCCGAAACUCGGAAGCAGUUGAAUCGAUCUUAAAUGAUGGUAUGGUUAAUAUAAAUAUAGUGAACGAGCGUAAAAAUUCAGCGUUUCAUUUCGCAGUUUCCGUGAAAGACGAUAAUAUCAUAAGACAACUUCUUAAUGCUGGUGUUGAUAUUAAUUUAAAAAACGUUUAUGAUGAAACAGCAUUUACUUCAGAAGUAUUUCGUCCACGAAAAGUUAAUGACACAUUUACCGAACAUAUUGCAAAAUUAAGUGCAGCGAACUUUUAUGUCAAUGAAGAAAAUUUAGCAGUCGUAAAUAGUAAAAAAUUCGGCGAAUUACGUGAUCAGUGUUUGAGCGAAAUUGAAAAAAUGAAGAUAACAUAUAUUGGUACGAGUAAUGUUACAAUUUAUAAUGUUUUGUGUAAUAAAUGUGAGCACAAAUUAGCUGUAAGUUUAAGCUAUGUUAGUGAUAGUUCUAUUUCAGAUUUGGACAUUCAAUCUCUUUAUCCACUAUACUGUGGAAUGAUAAGUUAUCGAUUGAAAAAAGCAUUAGGACGAAAAAAAUUGUUAGUCAAUGCUAUUAGUUUAACUAAUGAUAUUUUCGAUGAAAUCCAACUCCCAAGUACUUUUACGAGGGAUAUUUUUAAAUUACUAACUAACAAAGAUCUGAAAAAAUUACAAUGA